AUGUUACGAUGUUGUUAUUGGUGCGAACAUGAAUCGGAACCUCAAGAUUCGGAAAAUGGAUCAGGUCGUCCGAGAUUCGUUGCCGUCACAACUCUCGAAGAUGUUCAAGCCGUUCGUUGCGCUGAAUUUCAUCCUUCUGGAAAAGUUUACGCCAUCGGAUCAAAUUCGAAAACGUUGAGGAUUUGCGCGUAUCCGAAAUUAACGGACCUUAGAGAGGAACACUCGACGUAUCAACCGGCCGUUUUAUUCAAGCGAACGCGUCAUCAUAAGGGUUCGAUAUACUGCAUGGCGUGGACUCCGAUAGGAGAUCUCAUGGCAACGGGAAGCAACGACAAAACGGUCAAACUCAUGAAAUUCAAUCCGGAAACGUCGAAUCUCGAGGGUCAAGAAAUCGAAUUGUCCAUGCACGAUGGAACGGUGAGAGAUUUGUGCUUUCUGGAAGACACGUCGAACAAAUCGAGUUUGCUCAUAAGCGGCGGAGCGGGAGAUUGUAAAAUUUACGUCACUGAUUGUGCCACGGGAAGUCCGUACCAAGCUCUCGCGGGUCACGGAGGACACGUAUUAUCAUUGUACAACUGGGGCGGAGCCAUGUUCGUAUCCGGAAGUCAAGAUAAAACGGUUCGAUUUUGGGAUUUGAGAGUACGCGGAUGCGUUAACAUGGUUACCCCGGUCACGGCUCCCGGAAACAGGGGCUCACCUGUUGCUGCCGUUUGCGUCGAUCCAUCCGGACGACUCCUGGUAUCCGGACACGAAGAUUCCUCGUGCGUUUUGUACGACAUUCGAGGGGGGAGAAACGUUCAAUGUUUCAAACCUCAUUCGUCAGACAUAAGAUCGAUAAGGUUUUCACCGAGUGCUUAUUACCUAUUGACCGGCGGAUACGAUAACAAACUCGUCUUGACGGAUUUACAAGGGGAUUUGACGUUGCCGCUUCCCAGUGUUGUAGUCGCUCAUCACCAAGACAAAGUUAUCUCCGGAAGGUGGCAUCCGACAGAAUUUUCAUUUUUGAGCACGAGCGCCGACAAGACGUGCACUCUGUGGGCUUUACCCCCCAUUUGA